CUGUCAUUAAAUUUAAAUACCAGAAGGAGAUUUCAUAGGUCUCAACCGUAGCUCCACGCACUCUGCAGCAGAACGAUAAGCACUAGCUUUGGAGGCAUGUCGGAACAGGGCGGAAGUGUCCGAAGUCUUCAUUCACCCUGACAGAGACAUAAACAGAGAAAAUACCGAUGACCGCGCACCUGCCCGUGUCGAUCGCUUGAGAGGUGUAUAAUCGCCCGCAAGCUGUCCUCAUUUUUCGUUGACAUUUACUAAAUAUUCGCACGCUUAACAGUGUCACCAAGGCUCGUGUGCUCUGAUGAGUGAAUUUUCAACGGGUCUAGAUGGAUGUAAGGGAAGCAGGGCGCUGAGGGAGGCAAGUGGGUGGUGAUCACUCUCUUUCCCUUUGGGUUCGACCCUCCAUCCUUCUCAUCAGCAAAGUGUUCUACAUUGUCUGUGAUACAUUCCUCGAUCGAGCCGGCUAGUCGAUCGACAGAACCCGGAUCGAGAACCUUGCUUAGGGGCGCAGUAUAUAACCCUUCCCCCUCUUAUCUCUCUCCCCUUCAUUCCAUCCCCCCAAACGCCAGCAAUGUCAGGCGACGAGAACGAGCCUGCGCCAGUCGUACCCCCCUCUGAGGGAGACGGACAACCGCACGCUGUCUCCCCCGUAGACGACGCGGAGGAGAAGGCAUCUUCUGCCUCUGUCUCCCCUCCUGCCCCACUCGACCAGGACGCGCACCACAUCGCCUUCUCCCGCCCGGAGGAGGACGAGAAGCACCAGCAUGCUGCUGUUCCCGUCGUUCGCCCUCCAGGGGUAGGAAUGCGCCGGCAAUUGACACAGGAGCAGAAGGAGCUCAGUGCUGCUGGAUACGCGCAUUUGCAGGAGGAGAGAGCGGCCAAGGCCAAGGAGAAGGGCAAGGGGAAGAAGGAACUUGACCUCGAGGAGAAACAGGUCGAUAUCCACGAACACCAGUACACGCCCGCCCGGGUGAUGGACGAGUUCCAUACCACGUUCGCCCUGCCCCCCUUGGCAGCAGGUACAAGUAUCGGUCUCUCCGAACAAGAGGCCGCCGCCAGGCUCAAGCGUGACGGGCCCAACGUGCUCACCCCUCCCAAGAAGAAGAGCGCUUUACGACGCUUCUUUGACUGCUUGAGCAGCUUGUUUAACGUGUUGCUGAUCAUUGCAGGUGUGCUGGAGUACAUCCUCCUGGGUAUCGAUUUUGCGGACAACCAAGCAAACGAAUAUCUUGGAGCGAUUCUGAUUGGAGUAGCUUUCCUCAACGCUGGGAUCGAGUUCUACCAGCUUCAGAAGUCGGAGGCUAUACUCGCUUCGUUUCUUGCUAUGAUCCCUCCUACCUGCCGGGUGGUGCGCGAAGGCAAGCUCUCCAGCGUUCCUGCGGCCAGUUUGGUCAAGGGUGACGUGGUGCUUAUUCGCAUGGGCGACAAGACCCCCGCAGAUCUGUAUAUCUUUGCGGCUACGGAUCUGAAGGUUGACAAUAGCUCGCUUACCGGAGAAUCUGAGCCUCAGGAAAGGCGAUGCUUGCCUGAGGGCAGUACAGCCCGGACUGUAGAGGCUGAGAACCUCGCCUUCAACUCGACGCUUAUCGUCAGCGGUGAAGGCUACGGCGUCGUCCUCCGUACCGGAGACAACACGUUCAUCGGGCAGAUCGCCUCCCUUACCGGGUCCGAAUCAGGCAACCGUUCCCCGCUCGCGAUCGAGAUUGACCACUUCGUACUCAUCAUCUCCUGCAUCGCUAUCAUCACCGCGGUCAUCUUCUUCGCCAUCGGUAUCGGCAGCGUGUACAAGGGCAAGGCCGCCCAGACCGUUACGUUCGCCGUGUCGGUGCUUGUUGCCUGGGUGCCUGAGGGUCUUCCCGCUACCGUCACUCUCCUUCUCUCUAUCGCCGCUAAACGCAUGGCUAACCAGAACGUGCUCGUUAAGGACCUCCAGGGCGUUGAGACCCUCGGCGCGCUCACCCUACUCGCGACGGAUAAGACCGGGACUCUGACGCGCAACCAGAUGACAGUUACGAACAUAUGGAUCGGCCUAAAGAUGUACAGCGCCUUCCAGUCAAACAACGAUGCCGCCGACACCCUCCCAUUCGAUAUCAAGGCCUCUGGUAUGAGGGACAUUAUCAACAUCGCCGUGCUCAACUCGAAGAUCAAGUUUGACCGUACGGACGUGCCCUUUGACCAGCGCGAGAUCCUCGGCGAUGCUACUGAGACCGGACUCACGCGGUUCGCGGGAAGGAACGAGCCGAGCUACGACAAGAUGCGCGAAGUGCACGAGAAGGUAUUCGAGAUCCCCUUCAACUCGGAGAACAAGUGGGCCCUCGUCAUCGUCAACAUGAACCAUGUAAACGGCCAGCUGAGGGUGAUGAUGAAAGGCGCCCCGGAGCGCGUGCUCAUGAAAUGUGACACGUACCUCUCUGCUGACGGAAAGUCACUUCCGCUCACGGACGAUAUCAAGAAACAAUAUGACGACGCAUACAACUAUAUGGCCUCCCGUGGGCACCGGGUUAUCGCUUGCGCACAGAUCCUGCUUCCGGGGGACAAGUACCCUGCCACUUACCACUUUUCGAAGCAGGAAAACAACUGCCCCGUGGAGGGAUACUGUUUUGUCGGAUUGGUAUCGCUCGAAGACCCACCUAAGCACGGCGUGCGCGAGGCGAUCGGUACGCUUCGGAGUGCGGGGAUAAAGGUGAUGAUGGUUACUGGUGAUCAUCCUAAGACGGCCGAAGCGAUCGCACGCAAGAUCAAUCUCAUUAUUGGUGACACGAAGGAAUCCCUUGCACGCAAGACUCACAGGCCCGUCGAUCAGAUUUACGCAGAUGAGGUCGAGGCUGUUGUCGUUCAUGGUGACCGGAUCGACUCCCUCCAGCCCCAUGAGUGGGACGAGAUCCUCAACACGAGGGAAAUCGUGUUUGCUCGUACCUCGCCUAAGCACAAGCUGGAGAUCGUUAAACACGCUCAGGCUCUGGGUCAUAUUGUUGGAGUUACCGGCGAUGGUGUCAACGAUUCUCCUGCCCUCAAGAAGGCCGACCUUGGUAUCGCGAUGAACAUCAGCGGUUCUGACGUCUCUAAAGAAGCAGCCAACAUGAUCCUGCUCGACGAUAACUUUGCCUCCACAGUCAAGGGUGUGACCGAGGGUCGCUUGAUCUUCGCCAACUUGAAGCGUUCUAUUCAAUACACCGUCUCCCACUCUGUGCCCGAAGUCAUCCCCCAGCUGCUUUAUGUCGUCGUGCCGAUUCCGCUCCCACUGUCUGCUAUCCUGAUUCUUGUCAUCGAUCUUGGGUUUGAGCUCUUCGCUGCCUUGUCUUUCGCCUGGGAUCCUCCCGAGUCUGAGCAAAUGAUGCGUCUGCAGCCUCGUAAGCCAGUCACUUCGGGUUCCAUUGUCAGGCGCAAGCAGCGGGCUCUCCGCCGCACCAAGACCAUGCACUAUGAUGAAGAGACUGGAGAUCCUAUCCCACCCAGCUGGGGUCGGAAGAUGCUCAUGCAUCUCCAGUCCCCAUUCACAAAGAGCUUCUGGCUUGACCGAUUAGAGAAAUCAGACGAUGAAAUCCUCGUGGACGGCAAGCUUCUGUCAUAUGCCUAUUUGGAAAUUGGUGUCAUUGAAAUGCUCGGUGCUUUGGUUGCGUACUUUGUAGUGUUCUACAAAGCUGGGUUCUCUCCCUACGAUCUUCGUCGAGCUCAGGAUGCUGGAAGUGGCUCCAACCCUAUUGUUUAUUUCACGGCCGGCAGUCCUGACUUUGUCAAUGCCCGUGGACAGACGCUCAACGGCGCCCAGCAAUACGAUGCUCUGGCGCAGGCCCAAUCUAUCACUUACUUGUCGAUCUACAUCGCCCAAUGCUUCAAUAUGUUCGCAGUCAAGGCCAAGUUCAAGUUCCCCUUCGGCAGACAGAUCAUCAGCAACUAUUGGAACUUUGCAGGCAUCUUCUGCGGCGCUUGCUUGGCUAUGUUCAUCAUUUACACACCGCCCUUGCACGUCGUGUUCGGUGGCAGUUACCACUUGUCGCCUCUCUAUUGGCUCAUCCCUGCCGCAUUCGGUGUGCUCGUCAUUGCUUGGUCUUCCAUCCGCGUUAUGCUCCUGCGUCACGCUAUCGAGGAUGCUACCGUAAAGCCUAUUAAGGGCCUGUUAAUGUUCCCGACGAUGAGAACGAUGAGUAUUAGAGCUAGACAGAGCAGCUCCGAGAAGAGAGAAUAACAUAGGCUGUCGCGCUUGCGCCGCAUUUUUCGCAACGGUGUAGGCUAACAGCGACAACCCCUCGGACACCACAUACACUAUCCCAACAUUCGUUACAUAACCCCCUCUCCAAGCCCCAACCGUACACGACCCUUGAUCUCAAAUAUGUCGUUCAAAAGUCUUUCGAACCGACUUCGGGCUCAAAGCACAAUUUUCAUUUCCUAUCUAGUUUCACAAAGGAACUUCAGAAUAUAAGCACAAAAAGAAAACUUGUCGGUUCUGGAAAU